CCUUUGUUCAUUAUCUCCUGCAAGAUGAUGAGUUCUAAUCAGGAGGAGGUCACUUUGGGCGCUUUUCUCCAGUAUAUUGAAGAUAUGGGGAUGAAGGCCUAUGAUGGCUUGGUUAUACAGAAUGCAUCAGACAUUGCUCGAGAGAAUGAUCGCAUGAGGAAUGAAACAAACCUGGCUUACUUGAAAGAAAAGAGUGAAAAACGACGAAAACAAGAAGAAGCAAUAAAACGCAUAGGUGGAGAAGUAGCGAGAGGAAAUGAAGGCAGCUACGUGGGGAAACACUUCCGCAUGGGAUUUAUGACAAUGCCUGCUCCUCAGGACAGACUGCCACACCCCUGCUCCAGUGGCUUCACUGUCAGAUCCCAGUCUCUUCACUCAGUUGGAGGAACUGAUGAUGAAAGCAGCAGCUCUCGAAAGCAGCCGCCUCCAAAACCGAAGCGAGACCCCAACACCAAACUGAGCACUUCAUCUGAAACUGUCAACACUGGAACAACAAGCAAAAGUGGGAAACUACCAGACAGGACUGAAGUGUCAGCCAAACCAAGACCUCACAGUGAUGAGUACACAAAGAAGAUUCCACCUCCUAAGCCGAAACGAAAUCCAAACACUCAGCUAAGCACAUCUUUUGAUGAAACAUAUAUCAAAAAGCAUGGCCCUAUGAAGGCAACCCUCACUAGGGAUGCCUCGCUCUCGCAGGUCAGCAGUCCUGCUCCAGACACAGAGGAAGAGGAGCCUGUUUAUAUUGAAAUGGUUGGGAAUAUUCUCAGAGACUUCAAAAAAGAUGAGGAUGACCAAAGCGAAGCAGUCUAUGAGGAGAUGAAAUACCCUAUAUUUGAUGAUGUAGGCCAAGACUCAAAAUGUCAAUGUGAAUAUGACCAUCACACUUGUUCUUCUCAGUGUGCUACUCCCACAGUGCCUGACCUAGAUUUCACCAAGUCUUCAGUGCCAUCUACUCCCAAGGGCUUGCUUUGUGACAUACCCCCGCCAUUUCCAAACCUGCUUUCUCACAGACCUCCACUGCUGGUGUUCCCACCAGCACCAGUGCAGUGUUCCCCAAAUUCUGACGAGUCUCCUCUAACUCCACUAGAGGUCACAAAGCUUCCCGUCCUAGAAAAUGUGUCUUACAUCAAACAGCAAGCUGGAGCUUCUCCAUCUUCAUUGCCACCUCAUACACCAGGCCAUCAAAAACUGGAGAAAGACCAGACAGUAUCUCAUGGAACUAGCACCCCUGGGCACACCUCCUCACCUCCUCAUCCUUCUACCUUAUACAGAACGCAGUCUCCACACGGUUAUCCUAAAAGUCACUCUGCCUCUCCUUCUCCUGUCAGUAUGGGUAGGUCUCUUACCCCCUUAAGCCUCAAAAGACCUCCACCUUAUGACUCUGUACAUUCAGGAAGUCUCUCAAGAAGCUCUCCAUCAGUGCCUCAUUCUACAGCCAGAAACACAUUGCAAGAAGGAGGGAAGAUGGUCAGUGUGUCAGUCAGCACCUACGGGUCAUCAUCUCAGAGCAGCUCCCGCUCUCGGACACCCACCAGUCCUCUGGAGGAGCUAACCAGCCUCUUCACCUCAGGAAGAAGUCUCCUGAGGAAAUCCUCCAGUGGCAGAAGAUCUAAGGAACCUGCAGAAAAACCACUAGAUGAGCUGAAGAUCAGAAGCCACAGCACUGAACCACUACCAAAGCUGGAAAACAAAGAGAGAGGACAUCAUGGGACAGCUUCCUCCAGGGAGCCAGGGAAAGCUCAGGAAUGGGAUGGAACACCAGGCCCCCCCAUGGUGUCCAGCAGGCUGGGGAGAUCCUCUGUCAGCCCGACCAUGCUGGCUGGAGGCAACAGCUCAGAGUCUAAGUCGAGUUGCCGGCUGGGCCGCUCCGCGUCCACGUCAGGAGUGCCUCCUCCGUCGGUGGCGCCGCUCAGGCAGCCCGGCGACCUCCAGCCGAGCCAGGUACCAUCGUUAGCCAAUCGGGAAUGACUCCAUGUGCUGCAACAUGCCAAAUGUUCCCACCUCUCUGUCUGUCAUUUGUUACAGUAAAUGGUUCUUUUGCUUUAUGUCUUUAUUUUCUGUGCGUGUGCGUGCAUCUGUGUGUGCGCAUCUCUCAUCGGCAAUGAAAUUCCGCUGGCCGCAGCCAGCAGAAUUUUCUUUGCUCUUGAUUCCUUGUAUCUUUUCCUGUCUUCAUUCUGUAAUAUAAAUGUAGUAAAACUGUACAGUAUGAACUGGCUGGGUUUUUUAUUUUUUCAUGCUUUCUGUACUUUUUUACCGUCUUAAAAUUUAUCAAACUUUGAUAAAUUUAAUCUAUGUUUUUAUGUAAAUUUCUUUUAAAUGUCUUGUCUAGAGCACUUACACCAAUGUUGUCAAUGACUUGUACAUACUUGACUUCUGCCCAGUUGUACUUUAAUAUUUGUGCCAGUCUCACAUCUGGUUGGAGCUUAAUGCAUGAUUGUAUUACACUGUGAUUUAUCACUGUCCUGAAAACUGCUCUUACAGCAAGUGAUUUUGUUUAGUUGAGGCUGCUAGAUCCUCUUCAGCUAUAGACCAUGUAAUGCUUACAGGACUAUUAAAUAGUCCACUGUAGUUAUAUUUAUUGUAUAUUGUUAGGAAUCAAAAAAAAAAACCAAAUCAAAGGAGCAACAUCUCCUUUUAUUAAACAUAGAUACUUUUUUUGUCAUCAUCAGAAACAAAACUGCCACAUAGGAAAAAAAAAGAAAGUCUUUGGGUUUGGCAAAUUUCUCCAAUAGAGAGAAAAUGGGAAAAGAAAUAAAGACGUGGGAAACCUAUACUUACCUUUAUUUUAUAUGCUAAUACUGAUAUUGUAACAUUUUGUUGCACAGACCUGUAUUAUUAGUUUGACAGAACUAACUGAGAGUAGCAAUUGAAAGAAGAGGUUUUGCUUAAACAUCACGUGAAUGGCUCCUGUCAAAGCACUGUGGCACUGCAUCACGGGUGUGUACGUGUGGGGUGUGGGUGCACAAGGAGACAGGAGCACAGAUGGAUUUAGGUGCACAUGCAUAUGUGCAUGCACACACAGGCACCCUUAUUUUGAUGGAGAAUUUUUGUCUGGCUUUCAGGGAGUUAGUCCCCAAAAUACUAUUGAAUGUCACUGAGGUUUGAGUGGAAACUCCCCGAGGACUGCUUUGCAAUAAUCACAUAAUUGUGUUUGUAUCUCAGUGAGUUGCUCCUAUAAUGUCUCGACCAAAGCAAAGACCACAAGAGUAAGGUUGAUUUACUCACUCCAGACAACCAGCAACUUGUUAGGAAGGUUAUAUUUGGAUAGCCAAGUCUGUACAGGUUACAGCUCUGUAACCUGUAUGAACUGAUAUGAUUGUAUUGCUUUUGAGUGCUGCCAGACAUGAAGACUGAGAGAACCCUGCACACUUCUAAAGCAUAUUUUACAUAAGCAAAUCAAGUCUAUAAUGGAGAUUCAAAAUGACUGCCCAUUUAAAUAACACAUCAAGUGUUCCUUCAUCUAAGGAAGAAAUUAGGGUAAUUGUACUUCCAAAGGUUUUCAGUGUCCCAGUGUUCAUGUAGUAUAUAUUUUUGAUUAAAUGGGUUUUACAGCACUCCUGAUGCUUUGCUGUUUACUCAGUGGCAAAGGCACCUUGGGUGUUUUGAAGGGAUUUUAGCCUGUCAGUUUAUACUAAGAACUAAACAAUGACCCUUGAAAGCAGAAGCUGAUGUGAUAGAAGAGAUAAUGAGCCUCUUAGAAGCUGCAGCCAGGGUUCACUGAAACUGUGGAGGGAAAAAUCCACCUCAAUUCAUACAGAAGAAAGGAACAAAGAUGAUAAGAGGAACUUUCAAGUGACUGUAGGAAGGUGAUCUUGUUAAUUGAAUAAUGUAUUGUACGGUCAUGACUUCAUGAAAAACAAGAAAAACCAGUACAAGCUUUCUCUCCCUAAGUCUUCCCUUCCAGCUGACAAUCUUUUACUGUCCAUGUAUUAUGUUGCCAUUGACUAUGAUAGCAUAACUUUUAAAGGUGUGGAUUUGAGCCUGAUUUCAGAGGAAUGACAAAAGUCUUCUCUCCGUGGCAGAUACAAACAUUGAUUGUUCUUUCAACACCUAUUCUACCUUAAUAUGCAAAUAAUGGUUGAUGGGUGAAAUGUGUUUCCAACAGCUGGGCUGUUAGCCCAUUCUCAGUCUGCUGGGUUGUGACAUACAGGGUAUCCAUUUUUGUGUGCUGUGGCUAUUGAUUGUAUUGAUACUGCUUUCCUUAACAAUAUCAUAAUGAGCAAAUUUGACUUUCCAAAAGAUUAAGGAGAUGUAUCAUGUUAUUCCCCUCUUUGCUGAUCAGAUGGGCACAGCUAACAUUCAAACAGGAAUAUAAGAUCUGGGGAAGGGCAGAUUACUGUUAAUUGGUUUUCUCAAAUCUUCAUGGACCCCAGACUUGUGGUUUUCAAAAUGCUUAAUUUAAAAUUAAAAAAAAAAAAAAAACCAACAAAUUUGCAACUGAGUUCUCAAAACCCAUCAUUUGUAAUACAAUUGUUCAAAGGGGUGACUAUCCUUAGUAAUUAAAAAUCGAUCUGAUCUACGGAAACCUAAAUUAUAAUUCCAAUCAUGUAUUAGGUAAUUAUGUAAUUAUUGUCAUUUAACUGCCCUAUGCCUUAUUUUCCUAUUUCUUGUUUGGUUAUUGAUGUAGGAAUGGUGAGGAUUAAUCAGUUAGUAUCCACCGAAUAUAUCUAUGGUAUAUUGAUGGGAAGCAGUAGAGGGACCACCAAAAAAUAAGAAGAAAUGUCUUAUGAGCAGAGAUUAAUUAUAUGGCUGGUGUCUGAUGGAAAACACUAAAAAUUCUGUAGUGUAGGGGCAGCCAGCAUUUACCAAAAUGCUGAGCCAGAUUGAGAGCCUGCCUUCUGUCCUUAAUUCUGGGAAAUGGUGAGGACAUUUGGGAAAUGUUGGUUGCAAAAUGCAACCUUGGAUGAAGUCAUGAAUUAUCUCAAUUUAAACUGAAGGAUAAACAUAAGUUUAUCCUGCAACUGAAGUUAUUGAUUGUGAAAGGAAAAAGUUUAAAAAAUUAAGGAAGUAGCAGAGGAAGUCAGGUGGGGGCUUGGAACUGUAAUAAUGGCAGGAGCAUAGAAUAUUUUUGAGCAACAAAAGUGGCACAUAGCUGGAUUUCCUAAAUGCAUAUCUAAAUAAAAAUAUCCUACAGAGAGAGGUAUAAGUAGUGAGAAGUAUUCUAGAUGGGAUGCGUUGCCUUGUAAAGAAAGGGAAGAAGGAAAUGUUAAACAUGCAGAAGCAGGCCUUCCUCAAGUGCCAAAUGACAAGAGGGGAGAGGACCAGACUGUCUGAAUAGAGUUUUUGCUGGGACUCAGGAAAAGAGAGAGUUUAUGAAAGUUGGAAGAAGGGACAGGCAACUCAGGAGGACAAGGGUGUGAUGAGGUUAUGGAGGGAGAAAAUUAGAGGAGCCAAAUCCUGACUAGCACUUAAUCUGUCUACUGUCAAGAAAGACAAUCAAAAUGUUUCUAUAGAUACAUUAGCAGCCAAAGGAAGUCUAAGGAGAAUCUCCAUCCUCUUUUUGGAUGGCAGAGAGAACAUAAUGACAAAAGAUAAGGAAAAAGUUGAGGUACUUAAUGCCUUCUUUGCCUCAGUGUUCAAUAGCAGGACCAGCUGCUCCCCAGGUACCACCCCCUGAGCUGGAAGAUGGACACAGGGAGCAGAAUGAAGGCCCCCUAAUCCACAGGGUAAUGGUCAGUGACCUGCUUUAACACUUCCACACAGUAGGAUACCAUCUGUUUAUAUCAGAAAAAAAAUUCUUCACAGAAAGAGUUGUCAAGCAACAGGCUGCCCUGGGAAGUAGAAGAGUCCAUUCUACCAUCCUUGGAGAUAUUUAAAAGACAUGUAGAGGUGGCACCUGGGGUCAUGGUUUAGUAAGGCUAUUUAGUAGGGCUGGGUUAAAGGCAUUUUUCAGCCUAAGUGAUUCUCAUUCUAUAAAGGUAUGACAUUGUUCACAAAAAGUUACAGGGAAAGGAGAAAUGUUGUAGAGAGUAAAGCAAUUUGUAUCUUAGAGAAAAGAAGUGGGUGAAUAACAUUAGAGAUAGUAAAAGUCCAUCUGUGCUUGGCCUUUAUGUGGAAAUGAAAACAAUGAACUGUCUUUGUAACCAUCUAAGUGGACAGAGAGCAGUGGGAUUUAAUCACUUUGAGGGGUUUAUAAAGAGCAAUAAGCAGGGUCCACAGUUGCCCCAGUAAAUAAUGCCUCACCCAUUUUGAUGGAACCUCUGUGCUGGCACCUGAGAUUCCUGCAGCAGGCAUGGUCAAAGGUUUCACCCUGCAGUGGAAAAUGCUCAGUCCUGCCACAGGACAGCCACGGUGAACAAAGCUGUUCACUUGUGUAAAGCACGCAGGAUUAGGAGUCACAGGUAUCACUGCUGUGCAAAGGUGUUUCCCUGCCAUCCUACCGUUCUCCACAUCUUCACCUCGGGUAACAAAGGAUUACAUUCCAUCGAUGAGCUCAGAUAUCCCAGUGGCACACAGGCUAGGUGUGCACUGAGCAUGUCUGUCACAAAAGAAGAAAACGUUUCAGGCAGACUGUGGAAGUCCCUCUGCUGGAGAGCAGAACAUCGUGCACCCAGAGUUUUAAUGUACAUAAAAUCCUCUCUGUAUCACUGCCAUGCCUCUCUGAAACAGUCUUCAGCACAGAAAAAUCCCACUGAUUUCCAUUUUAAUAAAAAAAGAGAUCAUAUAACACCUUGGGAAUUUUUUUUCUGCUAAUGAACUUUGUCAAGGGAGAUUUGUUUUCAUUAAUUUGUAGACAGUGAUUGGAAAAUCCCACAUACUAGGCUGCAUAGCAGCACAGCAUGUUUUUAAGAUAGAUGGUCUGAAGAAAACAACACUCUUUGAAAACAAAACUACUAAUAGCUAGAGUUUCCUAUUUCAGCUUUCCUGCAAAGCAGAACCUAUUUUCAGAUAGAUUUCCACAAAACAGUGUCCUUAUCUGCAAAUGUGCAGCCUCUCCUCAUGCUGCCUGUUAGUUUCUUGCUUUUCAGUGGCCAGACAGCACUGUCCUUUCCUGUUUCCUCCUCAAGGUAUUUUAUCUUAAUUCUGAGGGUUUGUAUGCCUCUUAAGGUUUGGUGUAUUUUUGUGGGGGACCAGGCAGUGAUAUCUAGCUCCAAUUUAAGCAAGGAAAGAAGAUUUAAACUUUAAAGAUAUGAUCAAAGUAAAAUUCAGAAGCCAUGCUGAGAUUAGAAGGAAUAACUCAGAGAAGGGAAUGAAAAUACAUCGAUGGCUGUGCAUUAAGGAGUCUCAACGUGCAUUGAAGGAGUGAAGAAAAAGCUAGAAAAUAUAUCAGCAUGAACACUGAAACUUUUUGUGGCUGAUUUUAGAAAACUUGCAGCUCAGUUCGUUACUCGCCUGGUAUCUGCCUGAGUUCUCUGUAAGCUGAGGCAGCAUUUUACUUUCCCCACAUGACCACAUUGAUAAACAUGACAGAAGGCACAAGAUGGACAAACUAACCAUUACCCUCCAGAAUUCAGGACAGCUCUCACUUAUUUUAUGAUUUGUAGGAAUGUAAUAUAGCAAAGGGGAAAGGACUCCCAAGAGUGGACUUGACCAUUGUCUUGCACCAAAUGAAGUGAAUCCAUCAAUAGUUUGUGUGAGAAUGUAUGAGAAUGUGUCUUUGAUAGACAAGAAUUUUAGAUACAGGUUGGCUCCUUAAAUUCAUAUUUAGGUAGGAAAAUAAAAAAGACUUGUAGAAUAACCAAGUGCUGAGGGUGGCUGGUGCCUGGGGCUGGCAGGCUGAGGGAGCUGUGUUACAGACAUGGAAAUCCAAAGUUCAGAGAGCCAGGGGGCAGAGACCAGCAGUGUCCCAGCACAGGUUUCCAACAUAGCCAUGUAGGUAGAGAUGCAAGGAGAUUUUCUACUUUGAAUAUGCAUCUGGGGAGAUUUGUGUUUGUGUUCAUGUCCCCUUGGCCUGGGACAGGACUAGUGCACACCAGGGUGUGUGAGCAAGGACAGGAGAGAAACCCCUUGGGAUGGCUUGGGUCUGUGCCAGAGGCAGUCUGGGUGAAAAUGCACUUCAGCAAGUGUUCAAGCUAACCCAACAGGAUUAGGAAAAGCUUUAUUUACCCCUGAGCUGGGGAGGCAAAGCAGGGGGCUGCUGAGGUUGGACCCCCCCCUGCUGAGGGUGGGCUCAACUCUGGGCUGAGGUGGAGUAGGGCCCAGCACACCCCACUGGGCCAGCCCAUCCCACACCCCUUGUCCCACAUCCUGCACCUGCAGGGGAAGCAGAGGCUUCACUGGGGCUGCCCCACCUGCUCCUGCCCUGCCCCAGAGGGAGGGAGAGGGAGGGAAGGAGAGAAGGAGGAGGCUUGUUCCAGCCUCGACUGUUAAAUUCCAACUUUUUCACACAAGAAUUAAGAUAACAUUUUAUUUAGGAGUCAGUAUUUAGAUGCUAACUGAAAUGCAACCAAAAUGCACAUAUUGUAUUGUGGGGAAAAAAAAAAAUCUAGCAUUAAAACUGAUGUGAGAAGACAACUAUUAUUUAAUUUUGUACUUCAGCUAAAAAAUCCCAAACACCUAUUCUAAUGGUUCCAUUUUAAAACAAAAUCGUGAUGGAAGUACCACAAAGAAGCUGAGAUAUAUUUUAGCUGCUUUUCAUAUGCAUGAGUAGAGCAAUACCUUGCUGUUCAAGUGCAGUAGAAGCUCAUUGAAAAAAUACACAAAACUUUAAACUAAUAAUUUGGAUUUAAAUUUUGACAAGUACAGAGUACUCUUCAGCAGCACAGAUAUAUAUUUGUCUCAUGCUUAGGUUUCCUCUGUAUUGGGUCAGUUAAAAAUCACAAGCCCAGCUUGUAAUAUCUCUAGCUUUAGUUGUGAAUACAAAACAUAUUAUAGUCUUUGUAUGCCUUGUAAACAUUGUGGUCACCCUGUAAUUAGUGAAUGUUGGGAAUGCAAAUUGUUACCAUUAUGGCUAUAAUUAUUUUUGAAUAAUUAUAGCCAUAAUGGUAACAAUUGCACCUAGACACAGUACUUCCCCAAUGAAUUGACAUUAUCAUGCUUUAGUUGGCAAAUGUGCAUCUGAAAGUGAAUACUCUGUGAGCAUAAACAAAGCAUCUGUGCUCUUCUAUUAUUCUCAGCCUAAAGUUGCCAUUUUUUCCCAGCAGUAGUGCACAAGAGUUCAAAGAGUCAGCAAACACUCUGCAGUUGUGGGGCACAGUAGCAGAGCUGGGUUCCUGAUUCUGCAGUUGAUGAAUUCUGCUGCUGAGAAAUGAGCACCUAUAAAUCAAGAUCCACUGUUCCGUAUCUGAUCACAGCAGUCUUUCUUUUAGCUUCCAUUAUAUGAAAGAAAUACAGUCAUUGCAGGUAGAUGGAGAAGUCUGUGGACUGAAGCAGUCCUUCAUCCAGUUUGAUUACUAGGGAAAUGUUAGUAAAAAAUAAAUUGUGCUAGCAAGAGAAUUUGUGUGUGUUACACAGCAUGGACCCAUGUCAGCACUCAGUACUGUCAGUCUGUGCUACAUGCACUCCUUGAUGAAUCUCAGCCUAGAACUAGCAUCAGGCUCUAGUGAUUCUGCUGUUUUGGCUUUUAUCAUGCACAAGGAUUUGAAAAGAAAGAAUCAACUUCUGUCAUCCUUGCCCUCUGGACCAAAGGGAAAAAUUAUCCCUGUUAAAGAUCUCAGGGGACACACAGUCCCAGAUUUCUGUUCAAAGGGACUAUCUAACUACUGUGCUAAUUGCCACUCUUAGAAUUUUCUCCAUCCCUUUUUUCUCCUCUAACGUUCAAAAGUUCUGAAAGUCUGUUGUGUAUUUUGGACAUAGAAUAGCAAAACAUACUAAACAGUUCAUGGCACAGUGGCAACCCUUUUCCUCCCCCUGUGUGUACAUGCCAAGUGUUCCUCUUGAGCCAGUGCAAUGCCUCAGAGAUGUCUGUCUCUGUGCUCCUGGAGCCAAGGUUAUGGUUGCUCCUUUUUGAUACUCGAUCUUUUUCUUCAUCCAAGAAAUGUGCCCACUGUGUGGGAACAGUCCUGUGUUGCUUGCUCUGUAAUCAGAGCCCCAUGGGGCUUUGGUCUGGACUUUCUAUACACUAUUUAUUACUUUGGAUGGUAGUUUCUAUUUUUGCCUGAGAAGAUAUUCACUAAAAGGAACUUAAUUACUCCUUAUGUUUAGCCAUCACAUUUAUUAAGGGUUGGGAUUGUCACUGGAUACAAAACCUGCUUAAUGCUGGCCACUAGGAUCUACCACAAUAUUGCCUGUGGUGUGUCCAAGAGUCACAGUUAUUUGUUGGUAGACAAUAUGCAUGGAACAAAGGCUGCUCCUGCCCCAAAGAUUCAGAAGUUCAGUGUAAUAGAUGAGAAAGUAAGAGGUUGCAGAUGGAAGUAUAUUGGUAAGGGUAUGACUCCCAGUUAAGGAAUUACUUACGGUUUGGUUCUUGUGAAAUUAGAAAGUGCAAAAAAACUAUUUGGGGUGCAAUCUGCUCUAUCUGUGACAGUGAUUUUGCAUCAUUUAUGUGUCACUGAUACAAUGAAAUGCAUUUGAAUGUCUAAAAGUGGAAAACCAGGUAUAUUUUACUGAGGACACUUUAAAAAUAAUGUCUCUCUCACAAAUGGCCCUGUCAUGGAGAAAUCUUCAGUGUUGGCGAAGAAAAAGGAAUGUAGGCAUAGACUGAAUCUUGUGGAUGCUGGCUUUGCAAAUGGCAGGGAGAGAGGAAAUCCUCUGGGUCCUGCCUGGGAGGAUGGACAAGCAUGGAAGAGCCCACAAAGGGGUACAGAGAGAAGCCCGUGGCACUUCACUGAUGGGACAGGGGCCAAUUUUACUUUGAGAUGAUGUCUGGAUUGGACCAGUGUGUGUGUCCUGGGAGUAUUUAGAAGCCUGAAUCCAGAGCCAUAGGACAUUACUUUCUUGUUCAGACAGAAUGUUCAUGAGAGUCAGGGAUCCGUCACCCUAACUGCUGCCACCUUGAAAGAAGUGCCAGGGCAUGAACUGUGUCCUGCAGUGUCACACAGCCCUCUGGGGACUUUGCACUGUUAGAAUUUUGGAUUUAUGUGAUUUGUGCCUUUCUAAAGUGCAGCAGAACCCUGUGCCCACAAGAGGGAGCGGUUGGAUUACUUUCCACAGUUCUGGGUUUUUCCUGCAAAGACAAAUCUCUUGCACACAAGAAAGCAAAAUUCUGCUGUCGACAGUCCAGCAAAAUAUGCUGUCAACAUUUUGGAUGAGAGCAAAAAAAAGAAUGUUAAUGCUUUGGGGAAGGCUCCACAUUGCAUUGUGUUGAGUUUCAGCUUGAAUCUGGCCUUACCUAAUCAGUGCAUAGGUCCAGAGCAGUGCAAAUGAUUUCUAAAUAUGCAAAUUGCAAAUAGAGAACGCUUAUUAAAAAAGUAAAACACAUUUUUUAAAAAAGGAAAAUAAAAUGCAAACCUUGAAGUAGAUGGAAUAGUCACAUCCACUAUCCCUCACCUCCAAGGCACACCUGACUGAUUGGCAUGAGAAGCAAAUGUGUCCAAGCUGUCUUUUGCUGGCAGACUAGCCUGCUAUUGCUGUCCCAGCAUCUUUUCUUCCUCACUCAGCUGGGUUGGUCAUGCAGCAGGAGCAGGCCAGUGCAUUGCUUUGCCAGGAGUCUGGUUUAAGUGUGGCCCCACACUGCUGGAGCAGCCUCUGUCCCACGGCUGAGGGGACAGCAGGCACAGGUGGAUCUGAGAGUGCACUGCUGUCACCAUAGGUGCUAAAGCCCAACGUGGCUUUGGUGACUCUCCCUCUCCAUAAGGGUCAUAGCAUGGGGUUUAGGCAUAAAAUAAGUGUGUCACAGGGAGGAAGUAAUGAGUGAAAGCAGGUCAGCUGUUUAAAAAGUAACCCCACAGCAAGAGGGUGUCAGGUGUGGGAACAGAGACACUGGUCUGAGCAUCGCACCUCGAGUCUGUCAUCCUGCCAAGCCCUGGAGUGCCUGCGUAGUUGCCACUAUUUCAGGUGGGAUGGAAGAGAGGAGAAGAAAGAGUAUGCCAUUCCUUUACCCUGAUAUUUUAUUCCUGCAUGAACUUUGUGAGCUUGUCAGCAGAAAACAGAAAGAGAUAAGCUCCAUGACAGAAUUUGUUGAAACCUUUCAAAUGUGAUGAUAUUUCUGACAAAGGAUGAAAUAACAUGGCAUUUAUGAGGUUUUCAUUUACAUGCUCAACACUUUUUUACUCUCCUUACCUAGUUGUUUCUCAGAUUGGGAGUUACAGUUUCUUGAACAGACACAGGACAGACAUGAGAAGAACUCACCUGUGUGGUCAGAGGUUUCAGGGGGUUGCUAUGUUGUGCCUGGUUUUGAUAGAGUUGAGAUGGUGUGUUUCAACACUCUGAUAAACAGUCAGCUCAGAGAGAUUUAUGGGGACAGAUGUUGCAGCCAAUGCAGCACAAUGAAGGCGGUUGUUCCCUGGAAUUUGAGGUACCCUCCAGAACCCAGGAAGUUGAUGCCAACUCUGUGUAUCUGAGUUUUAGUGCUUGAAUGUGGGGCCAACAGCCAAGCACGGCCUCUGCACCCUUUCUUUUGAGAGUCAGAUUUGAGCAUGGGUGUACAGAGUGGGAUCCACAGGAGCUAGUAACUAAUAUUUCCAGUAAGACACUCAUGCAGGUCAAUGACAGAGAGAGAUACAGCCUUGAUAGUCUCAUGCCACCAUUGAUCAGCUGUGCCUGAGCUGUGAUUCUUGCAGCUCGCUGAAUCAGUGAGACCACUGUGUGUACUGCCUAACGCAGAAACUGAAAAUUAUCUGGAAGUUCUUCAUCUCAUUUUUAGCUGCUCUUACAGCACUGUAUAUGAUUCUACUAAAAAUAGGUAACAGCCAAUGCUAAACAAAUAUAUAAUGUAGUUUGUGUGAAAUAAUUUCAGUCCAAACAUCAAUAAGUUGCCUAUAAAAUAAUUUAAUUUGGUAGCAUUGGUAGCAUUCCUUCCUCUUCAGGGAAUCUCUCUUUAAGGCAUAUGUAAUAAAUUUACUUGUUCUCUUCUAAAACUUGUAAAUUCACUUCAAAACUUGUUCUGAGACUUUUAUAUGCAAACAAUUAGUUUUGCCACAGUCCCAGAACAAUAGCACUUGCUAAGUUUAUUUCAAAUGGUCUUGCAACCACUCUUGAAGACAUUGUGCCUUGGUUAAAAUUUUAUUUAAAAAAAACCCAGAAGCAUGCAAUUUCCUUUUUCCCCACCCCCUUUUCUGUGUGUAUUUAUGUUUAACUCAGGGCAAGAAUUUUGUAAUAUUCUUAAAGGAAAAGAUAGAAAUAAAAAAUGGCAUGAAUUCAUGAAAGCAUGGGUUUAUAUAUAGGCAUUCUCUGUAAAUGAACCAAACAUUCUGUAUCCUAGGUAGAACAACCUUAUUUGUCUGCUCAUAUGCAUUUCAGUUUCCUCCACACACUCCCACUUGUCCUCCUUUUUCAGCUGAGUGUUUUGUACCAUGUUUCUGUUGGAGCUGCGUGUGCCUGACGCACAGAACACCCCACAGCAGCCAGGCUGUCCCCACCGUGUGCGUUGAGUCACAACCAUCCAGGCUUUGUUCUCAUGGCUGUCCCCACCCCACCAGCCUCUCUCCGUGUUUGUGUAGCCUUAUACAGGAUAUUGCACUGACUGUACCUGUAUAGUAUCUCGUCUGUAUACUGUAUGCACAUAAAUAUGUAUAUUCACUCAUGUAUGUAUGUAUAGGACGUUUCUCUAUCUCUGUAUAUGUGUGUUUGUUCAUAGUCUUUCACUAGAAAUGUGUGGCUAUUCAUAUACAUUAUGUGUAUGUCAAUUAAAAAAAAAGUAUGAAUGCCAGCACCCACUUUUGAUAACCUACUUUUAUUCUCAUUUUGUCUUGUUAAAACAAUGAAAAUAAAAACAUCAUGUAUUUUAAAUGAGAA